AUGCCACUUCACCUAUUAGGCAAAAAGUCAUGGAACGUCUACAACCAAGAGAAUAUCUCCCGCGUCAAGCGCGACCAGGCCCAAGCGAAAGCCCUCGAGGAGGAAGAUGAGCGCCGCAUGCAAGAGGUGGAUGCAGAGCGGAGGAUUCAGAUAUUACGAGGAGAGCUACCAUCUACUCCUCCUCCCCCACCAGCCUCACAUCCUUCCUCGGAACCGCUUAGCCGACCUGAAAGAAAACUCACAGACGAUGCUGGGAGGUUACGCAAACGGCGACGCAUCGCGGGGGAGGAUGACACCGACAGAGAUAUCAGAUAUGCUCGAGAGGACGCAGCAUACGCCAAAUCUACACGCGAAAAACUAACAGUCGCACCUUAUCAAAAGGACAAAGCCUCUGAAGUCCCGCUCGUCGACGGUGCUGGUCACAUCAAUCUCUUCCAGGAUGGAGGGAAAGACAGAAAAGCGGAGAAAAACAAAGAGGCUGAGGCUGAUGCCGAGAAAAACAAGCGAAGCUAUGAAGAUCAAUAUACUAUGCGCUUCUCUAAUGCCGCUGGAUUCAAGCAGUCGAUAGGGAACAAGCCAUGGUACUCAUCCUCGGCCCAAGCCGUGGAAGCACCGGACUCAAUGCCAGAGAAAAAUGUAUGGGGAAACGAGGAUCCGAUGCGCAGAGAACGUGAACAAGCCCGAAUGGACUCGAAUGAUCCUCUUGCGGCAAUAAAACGCGGCGUGCGUCAACUCAAGGCGACGGAGCAAGAGCGGAAACGAUGGAAUGACCAGCGAAAGAAAGAGCUGGAGGCCCUAAAAUCAGAGCAACGAGAUAGUUCCAGCCGUCAUCGUCGAAGGACAUCAAAGUCUAUUGAUACUCUUGAAGACUUCAAACUUGAUUCAUCUGGCGAUAAAAGUCACGGACGAGAUCGUCACCAAGCCUCUCAUCAGCAUCAUCAUCAUCAUCAUCAUCACCACCGACAUCAUCGAGACCGGAGUCGCGAUAGGCAUGGCGAUAGGUCAUCUCGGCGAUCACAUCAGUCGUCAGAUCGUUCUCACCGUCACCGACGCGAUGAGAGUCGUGGAAGCAGACAUUCACUGAAACCCGAGAAGUAUUGA